AUGCUUCCAGAUAAAUACGUCGGGCUAAUAUUAGCCAUCCUAUCAACAAUGGCCAUUGGCACGAGUUUUGUGAUCACGAAAAAGGGUUUACAACAUGCCAACAGGCAGCAUGGCUUUGAAGGAGAAGGUUUCUCAUACUUGAAGAGUCCGAUCUGGUGGGGAGGUGUGGUGACAUUGGCCAUUGGAGAGAUCGCCAACUUCGCCGCCUAUGCAUUUGCGCCUGCGAUUCUCGUGACGCCCCUUGGCGCACUCAGUGUGCUGAUCGGUGCGGUUCUAGGGUCCUAUUUCUUGAAGGAACGAUUGGGAACAUUGGGCAAACUGGGUUGUGCGAUGUGUCUCCUCGGCUCGGUCGUCAUUGUCCUCCAUGCGCCUCCGGACAAGCCCGUGGAACGGAUUGAUGAGAUCUUGGCGUAUGCCGUGAAGCCAGGAUUCCUCCUCUACUGCUUGGUCGUUGCAAUCUUCUCCACUGUCAUGAUUUAUCGGGUUGCCCCGGUGCAUGGAAAGAAGAAUCCUCUGAUCUUCAUCUCGAUUUGUUCGACGGUCGGCUCCAUCUCUGUCAUGUCUGUCAAGGCGUUUGGUAUCGCGGUGAAACUGACCCUCGGGGGCAACAACCAAUUCGUCCACGCAUCUACCUAUGUUUUCGCCAUUGUUACCGCCUUCUGCAUUCUCACCCAGAUGAAUUAUAUUAACAAGGCAUUGAACGCCUUUUCGACCUCGAUUGUCAACCCCCUCUACUACGUUACGUUCACGACGGCUACGCUCUGCGCUUCUUUCAUUCUCUUCCAAGGUUUCAAUACCACCGAUGCAGUCAACACAAUCUCCCUGCUCUGCGGAUUCCUCAUCAUCUUCACGGGAGUAUAUUUGCUCAACCUUUCCCGGCAUGACCCCGACGGCCGGCACCUGGUGAAUUCCAAGUUCGAUGACGAAGGUGUGCCCACCGAUGCGAUCUCUAGCUUCCAGACCCGGCGGUCCAUGCAAUCUCGCCGAAGCUCCUCGAGUAUUGCCUUUAUGAACGGCCACGGCGACCGGGAGGGCCUCAUUCACUCCUAUGACGUCGAGAACAACCAUGGAAUCGGCCUGGAUGAUCUGGCAGAGAGCGACGGAGAGCCAGGGCCUACCUACGCUCGUAAUGACGAGCUCGAACGGACGGUGAUGCACACGAAGCAAAACAGCCAGGUCUAG